UGUUACAGCGAACACCAGCUGCUGCUGCGCCGGGCGCCGCGCUCCGCCGGGCGCUGUUUGCUUGUCCACCCCGUAGCUUGCUGCACCCCGCAGGUCCUCCCCAGGCCUCCUUUUUUUGCAACUUGCCAAGCUUUCUUUUUCUGGAUCGAGUACGAAACAGCCCGGCAUCGAGCUCCGGGCCCCCUUCCCUGGGCCGGUUGCCCCACGGCUUGGGGCGCGCAGGGGGCGGGGGCCGCGGCUCGUCCCCGUCCCCCCCCCCCCAACUCGGCCACCGCGGAUGAUCCGCCGUGGAGGAGCCCUGGGCGGACGAUGGAACUGCACAUUCUGGAACACCGGCUGCAAGUUGCCAGCGUCGCCAAGGAGAGUAUCCCGCUCUUCACCUACGGCCUCAUCAAACUUGCCUUCCUGUCUUCCAAGACCAGGUGCAAGUUUUUCAGUCUGACAGAGACCCCUGAGGAUUACACCAUCAUCGUAGAUGAGGAGGGCUUCCUUGAGCUACCCUCCUCAGAGCACCUGAGCGUGGCCGAUGCCACCUGGCUAGCCCUGAAUGUGGUGUCCGGUGGUGGCAGCUUCUCCAGCUCCCAGCCCAUCGGUGUGACAAAGAUCGCCAAGUCUGUCAUCGCCCCACUGGCCGACCAGAACAUCUCCGUGUUUAUGCUGUCCACCUAUCAGACUGACUUCAUCCUGGUGCGGGAGCGCGACCUACCCUUUGUCACUCACACCUUGUCCUCGGAGUUCACCAUCCUACGGGUUGUCAAUGGAGAAACGGUAGCGGCUGAGAAUCUCAGCAUCACCAAUGGCUUUGUGAAGCCCAAGAUGGUCCAGAGGCCAGUUAUCCACCCACUGUCCAGCCCCAGCAACAGGUUCUGUGUCACCAGCCUGGACCCCGACACGCUGCCCGCGGUUGCCACCCUCCUCAUGGAUGUGAUGUUCUACUCCAAUGGAGUGAAGGACCCCAUGGCGGCCAGUGACGAUUGCGGCCACAUCCGCUUCUUCUCCUUCUCACUCAUUGAGGGCUACAUCUCACUGGUGAUGGAUGUGCAGACCCAGCAGAGGUUCCCGAGUCACUUGCUAUUCACGAGUGCAUCUGGAGAGCUCUGGAAGAUGGUGCGGAUAGGAGGACAGCCCUUGGGAUUCGAUGAAUGUGGGAUUGUAGCCCAGAUCUCGGAGCCCUUGGCGGCUGCAGACAUCCCGGCCUAUUACAUCAGUACUUUCAAGUUCGACCAUGCAUUGGUUCCAGAAGAGAAUAUCAGUGGGGUUAUCCACGCCCUGAAGGUCAGUCAAGCCGGGAAGCAUUAGAACAGACUGGUCUCUGGGCUCCUCCCUGCCACUGCCCACCUGGGCCCUUGCCCCCACGAAGGUUAUUCUGCAGUAUUUCCCUAUGGACUGAAAGCUCUGCCCCAGGACCUUUAAGGAAGGGGCCUCUGGGACACGCCCCUGAUUCCUGACUCCUCCAGGCCUGGGCCUAAACUAGGGCCACCCCCACAUCCUCCUCCUGCCUUCCAGGGUCCCCCAGCCUUUUCAAUAAUGACUCAGUUUCCGCUCGGUGGGGAUGUGCCCAUCUUCCUCCCCCAAGCUCCACCCCAGAAAAUGGUCUCCGAGGCCCAGGGCACUUGGGAGCAGCCCAAGGCCUCACCUACGGCCCGCGGCAAACACCAAAGGAAGCUGGCACCUUCUGUGAGACAUUGGGGUUGGGGUCCUGAUGCGCCUAGCGACAUCUUAGGGGGUUGGUGGAACAGGAUUGGGGGUGCAGAGCAGGAGAAGCCCCCAUGAGGGUCCCCCAGCGUUGAUGGUUAUGGUUGCUGCCCUAGUUGUAGGGGCUCAGGGGCUAGUUCCCUCACAGUGGAGACCAGCAGGCCACCCCCAGGUCAUAAUGGCCGGUGAGUCUCAGUCAGUAGCAGUGGGGUCCCUACCCCUAAGCUGGGGAGGAAAACUGAGACCCUAGAACGCCACCUGCUGACCACACAGGGCCUGUGUUGAUUUCCUCAACAACUGCCAAGAGGGGCUCUGGGCCAACCGUCCCCCCAGAGCGCUUGUCCCUGGAGGGGAUCCCAGGACACCUCCUCUCCCACCAGCCUAGAGCGCCAGCUGCUAUCUGUCCUUUGUUUGCUCUCCCAGACCCAACCUGGGCAAGCUAAGACUCCGCUUUCUCCAGCAAUGGGCGUUCCCCACCUGCCCGGGCCUAUGGGUGCCUUGGGCCAUGCCCCACCUCCCCAGCUGUCACUUAGACCAGCCUAGAGAAUUCCCCAUCAUCCUCUCUACCGCACUUUUAGGGGAAGAAGAGACCUCACCCCACCCCUCGCUGCAGCUUCUGUCCGAAAUACACGCAGCAGCAGUCUGUGGUCACGGGGGUACCUGGGAGACAGCUAUCGUCGGGCAUUUGUAGAGAAAAAUUACACUUGCGGGUUUCUUUGUUGUUUUUGCGUACAGGUGGCUGGGGAAGGAGUAGUUUUGUUUGGAGGGGAUGUGGUCUGUUUGGAGUCUUAUUAGGGUGCCCAGGGUUCAGUGGGACUUGGCGCCCUGCGUCUCCGGGGACAGACCCAAAUGCAGAGAUGUUCCUGAUGAAUUUGGCUGUGUCUUUUGCGGAGGACAACAGGAGCAGAGCGCUUACACAAGACACGGGGAUCCCACAGCGCCCCCUACAGGGCAUCCCCGUGUAGCGCCACCUGCCUGUGGCGCCGUUUGCUGGGACAGUGGGGUCCACCAGACUUUUUGCUCUUGGGGUGUUUUCUUGGGCCUGUACUUUGAGGUCUCCAGCAACAAGGUCAGAGGAGGGAAUGUUUAUUUAACCCUGCCUAGUCUUGUAUGAACUGUGUUUCUCUCCUCUCUGAGCCGCAGAAGCACAUCCCGGGUGGAGGAACUGUUCUAGAAUCCUGUAGAAGCUCAGAACCCAGCAUGUCAAUCAAAAUCACCUCGGGUUGAUUUUGGUGGGUUUGGUUUGGUUUGGUUUGGGUUUUGGUUUUAUGUUUUUGUUUUGUUGUUUUAUUUUGUUUUAAACUCCUUUUGCACAAAACCCUUAAAACCAAAUCUUAGUGUUUUCUGGUCCCGAAUGGGAAAUAGUCAAGUGGGUGGGCUUUACAGUGAGGCCCCUAAGGCCCCUUUUUCUCUCCCUGAAAGGCCUUGAUUGUCCGGGGUGUGCCUCUCCAGAAGCCCUUCCCAGUUAUCCCUUCCCACUGUAUAAGUGUGCCGGCCCCCUGCCCCCGCCCCUAGACCUGCUAGGAUGAGACUGUGUACACACCUAUAAAUACGUGUUUUAUGUUGAUAGAGAUAUAUUCUGUAAAUAGCAUAUAUACUUGAGCAAUAUAUAUGUUAAUAUAUUCUGUGUGCGCAGGACACAGGCAAGGGCCCCACCUCAUGUGUGCACGCUCGGGGACAUUUUGAGCCACCGUAUAUUUUUAAUUCAAAUAUGUAGGCAAUAUGACAAGUGGAAAAGUCCUGGGGCCAGCCUGGAGGAGGGACAGAACCAACAGCCUACCGCAUGUGGGCAGGUUGAGAGGGCCAGUGUGGUCUGCUUGGUAGCUACUGUACCCCCAUUUCCACAGCAUGGAGCUCUGGACGCCUUUAUUUUAUUUGGGGCAGGGGGAAGGCUUUGAUCUAGAGGAGGGAAUGUUUUUGGUUUGGGGGGGGUUGUUUUGUUUGUUGUUUUGUUUUUUGUUUGUUUUGUUUUUGCAUUUUAACAGUGGCUCCCUCCCUCAGGGUUACCCCAAAACCUUUGUCUGGUAAGCCCUUCUAUCCCAGCCUGCUUCCUCUCAGAGUCCCUUCGCCAUGGAAAGCUGUAGACCCGGCAGCUUACCUGAUUUUUGUUAUCGUUGUGUUCAUUGUUUUGUUGAGGCAGGGUUUCUCUAGAUAGCCCUGGCUAUCCUGGAACUCUCUCUGUAGACCAGGCUGGCCUUGAGUUUAGAGAAAUCUGCCCGCCUCUGCCUUCUGAGUGCUGGGCUUAAAGGUGUGCGCCAUCACACCUGGCGAGGUUUGUUUUUUUUUUUUUUUAAUAUCCUUAUUAUUAUUGUUCCUGCAAGCUUAGGACUCUCAGGUUCUCUUUCCUACUCUCUUCCUAGGACUGACUCCAUAAGGACCCAGAACACCACACAGUCCCACCAUUGUGUCUCCAGAAAGGAGCUGGGCCUGGCUUCUGCUGGCUGGCCUUUGAAGGGACCCCGCCACUUAGCUGCAGUGGGUCCUUGGAGGAAGCUAGAUCUGUGUCUGUGUUUUCUGUGGGUGGAGCAGUAUGACUUGGUCUCUGCAGCUCUGGGGGAUGUCCCCACUGAGACCCUCUACUCUUGUGUCCUUAGUGCUAUCUGCCCCCUUCUCAGCAUCUUCUGGUUUUAUGACUCUGAAGGGUCACCCCACCCCCCUGCUGGCCCAGCCUCAGAGGGCACCCAGUGGCGCACCAGUCAGCAGUGGGGGUUCCCUAGGGGAUUUCCUUUGUAUCCCCUCACCCCCUGCAGUGCUGACAAAUGUCAUGUGUGCGUGUGUACACGCACGCACACACGUGUGAGCAAGGCCAGUACUCCACUGUGCUGCUACCUCCCAGAUCCUCCCAGCAGUCUCUUGGCACAUGGGGAGGGGAGGAGAUUGGGCUGUUAAGAAGGUAAAGCUUUAGCCCGGCAGUGGUGGCGCACACCUGUAAUCCCAGCACUUGGGAGGCAGAGGCAGGUGUAUUUCUGUGUUCAAGGCCAGCCUGGUCUACAGAGUGAGUUCCAGGACAGCCAGGGCUACACAGAGAAACCCUGACCUCCGGGAGUUUGUGUGUCUGCCUGAAAGAUACUCUGACAGAAAAAGCGCGCUUUGGCGCUUUGGGAGUUAGCUCAGUGGAGAGGGCGCUCCUCUAGCUCCUCAGUGGAGAGGGCACUCCUCUAAUUCCUCAGUGGAGAGGGCGCUCCUCUAGCUCCUCAGUGGAGAGGGCGCUCCUCUAGCUCCUCAGUGGAGAGGGCGCUCCUCUAGCUCCUCAGAAGGAAGCCCUGGGCUCCAUGCCCAGCACUCGAGAGACAAAAGCAGACAGAUCACAAUUGAAGGUCAGCCUGGGCUACAUGAAGGUCAGCCUGGGCUACAUGAAGCUCUGUCUCAAAAAAAAAGUCAGAUAUCACCUGUACAGACUGAUGAGACCAUCCAGGGUCCCCAUCGACGAAGCACCCCCUCCCCUUUGGCUCAGCCCCAUAGCCUGAGGUACACAUGCUUCCCAAGAAAUCUACUUCUCCCCCCAGAUCCCAGCAGCAUCACCAGCUACAUACUCCUGGGUCCUAAAGACCCCCCUUCCCACAUCCUUAGAGGCAUGCAGCCCUGCCCCCAUAAAGCCCCUUAUCUAAGACUCCGAAGUGUCAACAUUCAGCCUACUCCACCAGCUUCAGGUGACAGGUUCCUGGUGUGGUGGGACCGACCCGGCAGUGUCGCUGAAGCAGCUUGCUUAGGCUGGUCAGGUGGUCCCCAGUGACGGAAGGAACUGUGGAAGUGAAGAGAUACUCAGGCGGGUGCAAAGGAGUUAGGCCCUAGGCACGGGCAAAGCCCACCCCGCACCCCUUUGUCUGGUACCUGAUCUUCAAAGAAGGUCUGAGCCACCUGCUCCCAGCUCUUCCCAGCCCCAUUUCCCGGGCUGACCUUUAAAAGUCCCCAGCCACCUCUGGGUUGGAUGUGGGGAGAGCGCAGGUUCUCCCCUGCUUCCCCUAAGGCAACUGAAGAGGGGAGCGGAAGGAAGUGUUGGUUUUGACUCCUGGGUUUGAUGGGAGGCAGUCCAUCAUGGCGGGGAGAGGCAUGGCGGCAGGACCGUGAGGCAGGCGGUCGGUCACGUUGCAUCCACAGUCAGGAAGCAACAGGGAGAGGCAGGUGAGAGCCUAGCCCUGGGAGGUCACCAUAUUUAGGCCAGGUCUCCUUGGCAGAUUUUGUCUUCUAGGUGGUUCUAGAUCCUGACGGUGUUAACCAUCACCGCGACAUGUUCCUCUGUGGGCAGCGUUGGGGGGCCACGGGUGGCAUCAGCACUUGCCUUGGUGAGGGGAGUCUAACUGAGCAAGAUGGGCUCUCUGACAGGGAGGGGCAUGGGGAUGUAGCUUUGGGUUUUCAAGUGAUGGGUGUCGUGCCGUGGGUUGGAGUAUAGCCUGGAAGGGGGGCAGGCCUCCACUUUUACAUAUCCAGGAGGGAAGCGAGGCCGACAUGGCCAGCAGCCAGUCAGCCGUGCUUUGCUGUCCAGAGCUGUGGUGAAGGUGUAGCACUAACUUCAUAGACCUAACCUCCCAGUUCAGCCCAGUUUUCUUUUUCAUGUCUGCGUCCUAAAGUAGAAGCAGCAAAAGGAUACAUUUAACUGACCCCAGGGCGUUCGAGCUUGACCUCCAGCCCCUCCUCUGAAGACCACUCAGCUAGGGAAGGGCAGGCGCUGGCCUGUUGCUGAAGGCACCGGAAGAGGCCUGAGGCCUAGGCCAUGGCUCUUGCGGGCAUCAGUCUAGUGACUGAUUUGUGGCUCUUGGUAGUAGAGAGGGGGAAGACGGAGAGUCAUAAGUACAGGGUCCCACGUGUCAGGAUGCUGUUUAUUUACGUGUGUGUGUGUGUGUGUGUGUGUGAGUGCAUGUGCCCACAUGUGCAGAUCUUUCUCAGAGCUGCGAGCGGUUUCGUGCAGUGUUUGGCCCCUUACCUAGCCCACUGCCACACAGUUAAACAGACAGCGAUACAGGCCCUGGCUCCAGAGUGGAAUGUGGGGGUUGCCCUGACGGGAUUGGCUCCUCUCCCCAUUCACUGCAUCCCCAAGAAAGACUGCCCCUCAGCAGCCCAGGGAAUCCAUGCAGGCAGCCUGAGCUGGCCUAGGCCCACCCGUGGGACUCUUCAAACAAUUCAGUUCUAAGGACAGUAUUUGCACGGAGAGAGGCUGGGGACAAGAGAGGCCCCUUGCUUCCCAGGAACUCAUCUUGGGAAAGACUCCAGCGAUGGGCAAAAUUCAGGUUUCCAUGGGCUGAGCCUAGUAUGGUUUUCCUUUCUGCUGCCUCAGUUUACCUGUAUGUAUCACAGGAAGAGUUUGAGCAGGGUCGGCCUCCAAAUAGUAGGGGAGAUGGAAGUGCAGCAUAGUCCUCCUCGCCCUCCUCCUGUAUGCCAAAACCAUUUCCGUUAUCCUGAGGCAGGGGAGCGGGUAUGGGUGCCCUGAGGUGUUUUUAAGGGACCCUGCCCUGCCCACAGCCCCAGCUGACCCUCACCUGGCAUGUCGUGCCCAGGUCACCAGCAACAGUGGUACGUCAUCAGUCCUGCAGCUUGGGUGAAGGGGGUGGGGGGCUGCUGUCCUACUCUGUCGGCCUCCAGGGUCCCUCAUGCUUUUGUUUUUUUUCCUUGUCAAAGAAACAAAACCCUUGAGAGUUGUGUACUGUAUGAUGAAGAGAAAAAAAAGUACCUAAUGUUCCCCCUGGGGGAAAAAAAGACAGUAUAUUUUGUACUUUGUAAAGUGUUCAUUAAAUGAAGGGGAAAAACUGA